CGUGGCCCCGGUGUUUCCCGAAGUCGAGUCGAGUGGUUCCGAGAGCGGAGCCCGACAUAUUCUGAUCGUCUUCCAAAUGUUGGUGCCCGAGUCGUGAAGUGCAGCUCCUCAGAGGAGGCAGGAAGGGAGGGCGAGCAGGCAAGCAUUCCUGCAGAGAAUCACCUCUGAAAGGCGUCCUUACAUCAGCAUCAGCCGGACUGCAUCCCUGACCGGCCGGCGGGAGAGCGAGGGUUUUUUCUGUUGGAUGAGCUGUCCCGACUCGGAUGUGACCGAUCCACACUUUGAGCUGCCAUGCAGGUUUAUCACCGGAGAGGAAAGGUGUGAAAUGAUCUUCAGCUCUUUUUAAACCAUCCAGAUAUGAAGGAAUCUUCCAAAAUGACGGCAGUCACAGUGAUUACGCUCAGUUUUCUUAUCUCUGCAGCUAUCUCUGCCCCUGUAAAAGAAACGAAGGAAUCCGUAACGCUAUUCCAUGGAGAGGAUUUCCACAUCCUGCUGCCGUCACAAGACGUGGAUGUCACAUUCAAGAACCGUUCCGACCCUCGGAAGACCUCGGUGCUGAUGAAGGGCGGCAAAGUGAUCGGCACUCGGGCCAAACCCACCCUGCACCUCAACUACAUCAACAUAGAGGCUGUGGGUGAAGGGGACGAGGGGAUGUACAUCCUGAAGGAUUCCAAGGAUGAUAGUGUCAUCAAGCAAAUUUCACUAAUAGUCCGAGACUGCACCAUCGAGCAAAUCAUCAAAUAUGGCGGGGACUUCCAUAUGCCAGUGGUGAAUGUGAACGUCCCCAUCACUCUGGAGUACAAACCCAGUUCAGUGGAGGCCAACCUGACGUCCAGACCGGCGCUCGUGGUGCUGACGGCCACUGGGGCCUCCACCGAGGCUUACCGAGGUCGCAUCACCGUCAGCGAGCGAUCCAUCACCAUCAGCGCGGUUACAGGCGUCGAUGAGGGCAGCUACACCGUCAGGGACAACAAAGGGGUUAUCAAACACAAAGUGUGCCUGAAUGUCAUAGAGCACAGAAACUUUGUGUUCCUUUCUGCUGAUGAGAGACUGAAGAUCAACCUGAUUCUAAACAGCUCCUUGGUCAAACUCCACUACACCCGAGACUCAGACUCCUCAGCCGUCCUGCUGAUGGACAAGGGAGAAUUCACAAGUGCUCAGGCAGAUCUUGGUUUAAAGGACCGGCUCUCUGUGGAGGGUUCGAUGGUCUUUCUAGAUCAGAUCAAGAGCUCAGAUGCUGGACUCUUUAAGAUCACGGACUUGCAGGGAUUCACUGUGUCCACCGUCCAUCUGGGAUUGAAAGCCUACAAAAUGGAGUCCCUCUAUGUGGCUAUCAUUGCCCUGCUGGGCCUGCUGGCUUUCCUUCUGCUGGUUUGCCUUCUGUCCUGCCUGAUCAAAGUGAAGAAGAGGGCCAAGAGGGCCGCUGCACUGGAGAAACUGGCUCAGAACGCUGGCAAAGAAGACGAGGGCGAGGCCUUUAGACAGGUGGUCAAGAACAUCACUAAACUGAGCGAGGAGUCCAAGCAUUCCCAAGCGGACAACACAGAGAAAUCUCAAAGCACUGAGGUAGACAUCAAGGGUCUGGAGGUUUCUUCUAAAGAGGUUGGCGUUGGUAAUCUAGAGACCAGUGACUCCGGCGUUGGCUUCAACACUGCUCUCCCACUCGAUACUGACACUGAUGUCCCCGAUCAAAUCCCCGAUUCUGAGGCUGUAAGCAUCUCCGUUGCUCCUGAAAUCAAACCAAGCCCUCCUUCCACUGCUGAGUCUAAGCCAGCUGCUCCACUGGUACCAGAACCUAAAGCAAGCCCUGUUCCUGAGACGAAAAAAGCCCCGGACCCGCCCGUUGAAGCAAAGCUGGACACACCCAAACCAGUAGAUGCUAAACUUAGCCCAACCCCGAGUAUGAAGUCUGGUUUGAAUCCAGCUGAAACAAAACCUGCACCCAGUCCAAGUCCAGAACCCAAGACUGGACUGAGUCCAGCUGAUCCAAAACCUGCUGCUAGUCCAAGUUCAGAACCUAAGACUAGUCUAAGUCCUGCUGAUCCAAAGCCUGCACCCACUCCAAGUCCAGAACCGAAGAUUUCUCCGCCUGCAGCCACCACUCCAACACCCGACACUAAGAGUCCAGCGGCUUCAACUCCUGAGCCCACCAAACCGAGCCCAGCAGAACCCAUCACUAAUGGCACACCAGAUCCGGGACCUGAUUCCAAAGCAAGCCCGGAUCAUGCAGAAAUCAUCAAAGACCCAACUCCAAAAGAGGUUUCCACUAAAACCCACGAAUUGGAGCUGAAGUCCAGCAGCGUCGUUCCAGAGGGCAGCAAAGACGGCGCCGCAGCCAAAGAUCCGACUACGACCUGAAAACCGCGGCUCCGAAAACACGAGGAACCCCCACAGAUCCCCGUCUACCACCACCGCAGACAAUCAAACACCCCCUACCAAAAUGGUGAGGAAACCACAGCAAGCUGGGGCGAUGGCGAUACUAAACCCACAGUGAUACUCUAACCUUUGAGACUUUCUGACUGACACAGUUUAAAUAACAAAAGUGGCUUUUAAUCUUUAACCGUUUCAGUUUUGUCGCCUCGUUUUCUAUUAAUUUUAGUGGAAAAAACUGCCAAACUGCAAAUUAAGUCAUUUGCAGAGUUUACAACUAAAAUAUUAACUCCAUAUGAAGUGUUUUAUAGGAUAUCCAAAAAAAAAAAAAAAAAGGGUUUACGGCAUUUUAUCAUAUCAGUGUAGCAAAAAUUUCGUAUUAACCUUGAACUAACCACUGGUUCCCAUUGAGAAGACUGUUCCUCUAACAGCAUGUGGAUAAAACUCACAAAACAAAACUUUUUCAGCUUAAGCAUGACUGGAUUAAAUGUUGACGUUAUUGAUACUGAAGUGUCCAUAAUAACAAGAUUUUCAGAAAUUUAAUCAAAUAGAAAAAAUUAGCACAAAUAGUAAUGUUCAUUGUCUUAACCACUACUAAUAGGCCUUUAUGCAGAGAUUCAGAAAACAUCUUAGAUCGUUCAAAUGUGUUUUAGCAGAAAAUCCCUGAAGUCCUGAUGAUCUAAUUUUGGUCAAACCUUUAUAUGGUUUUACAAAUGACUUUGUUUAAAUCCCAGCUGUAUUACAGUUUACUGUCCAAACUUUCUUUACUUCCUACUACCUUCCUGUUUCUGCUUCAUAUUGGUUUCCCAAGGACGAAAUUCUGAAACAAAUCCCAAACAGGUGGAACGGGAUUCCUCUAGUAGCAUGUUUAUUUGUUUUUCCUUGCUAAUUUUUCUUUUAUGUCUGUUUUCUUUUACUUUAAAGCCAUUUAACCAGAUCUUUCCUUCAAUAGUACAGGCGACUAAAACUUGAAAGUCUGAAUUUAUGAGAAGCCGAAUACAAAACAAUAAGAACAAUGUUAUCUACACUUUUAACCAGAGAGAUUUGGAUAGUUUUGUCAUUACGAUUGAAAUGAAUAAAUGCAAUUGUUGAAAUAUAAAUAGUUACAAUCAGCCACUAACCAUAGAUUAAAGAAAGGCUUUUGUAUUAUUAUUCUAAAGACAGCGUCUGAUUGAGUUGUAUAGAAAAUUAAAUACAAUGGCCUGAAAAGCUGAAAUCCUGGCUGGACCAUUGGCAACAUCAAGUUCACUAUGCAAUGUGAUUUCUAGACAUAUAAAACUUACUCAAAUCUGCAGGAGUAAUGGAUUGUAUCUUAUUAACCCACACAUACAAUCUUUAUGUGAUUGUGUUUGCUGGUUGAGAAUGGGAUGGAAUAUGUUUGUUAAUGGUAGUUAGCAUCACAAGUAAAAAAUCCCAGUGAAUUCCUCCUAUAGGACAAAUUGGACCCAGCACAUGUUGAUAUGUUUUGGUGGCAGUGACAAAAAGCAAAAAUCUCUCUCUGUUAUGAGAAUAGUUCAGAUUUUUUAAUGAGGUUCUGGUGAAAAAUUGAAGGAGUUAACAUUUACCUUCAGUGUCCUUUGGUGUCUUUAUUUUACAUAAAUACAGAUUAUUUUAGAUUAGUCGGAGAGGGGCCAAGAUUAAACUGAACCUCUACUGUCCCAAAACAAAUAACUGUAGGAACCUUUAAACCAGUUUCAAUUGCAUUAAAUAAACAGAAGCUAAUAAUUAUUGAUCUGGGAAAUGGAGAUCUGUGGUCCACCACAAACUUUCAAAUGUGAAACGAACUGAGAGAGCAACCUCCAAAGUGUUUAAGAUCAGAGUAACUCACAUAUGAAUAAAGUGUUGCAUGGUGGAAAAAUACUACAGCGGUUUAUAUUAGUGCUAUUCUGUUGAUUUUUACUCUUUCUUACUUUUAUAAUAGACAGUUUCUCUGAUCUGAAUCACUUUACAAGUUUCAUUCUGAGUCCAUGUUUCACGGAGGAAGAUUAUUGGUGGUGCACAGCCUCCAAACUUUGCCAUGUAUAUAAACAUUAUGUUUUUAGUAAAUAACCAAUUAAAAUGUGACAACAGUUUAAAGAUUUCUAGGUAAGUAUUCACAUUAACCAGUGUGUUUUUUUAAAGGAGUAGAAGUUCAUUUUGGUCUUGACAACAACUAAUCUGAAUUUAUAGUAAAUGAGUUAUCCACUGCAGGUUUGAUGUUAAUUAGCUGUAAUCUUUAACUUGACUUCAAAAAACCUGAGCUGUCUCUUUAAGGUGAGUACAGUGUGAGGUUUUUAUUUGUGCGUUCACACUGUCUCCUUUAAACUGGUUUGAGUGUGUCCGGCGGUAUACCAAAAUGCAACCAAAACAAUUUCCUUGUAAGUUUUCCCUAGUAAAAAACAGGUGCAUAAAUAAUUGCAUAUUUAUGUAAGGAAAUAAAUUUUUCUACCUCGUGUUUCCCUGGUACAGGUUUCAUAUCCUGGAAUUAACUAAAAACCUUGGAAAUACGGAAGCAGCACAAAAUGAUUCAAAGUAAAUCACUCAGCUGGCCUUCCUUUGUAGUUUUGCCUGAAAGUUCAAUCCUUAGAAGUAAAUGAUGAUGAUUUCUUAAAAAGCCAUAAAAGAAGAUGUCAGAUUUGAUACGAAGACAACACAAAUUGAAAUUAUAUACGUAUACAAAUGUGCCUCAGAGUCGUAUAAACCAACAACAUCUACAGUCAGAAUGAAAAUUUGUAAUGUAAAUCACUGUAUGGGACUGCCUGGAUCUGUGUGGGAACCACUGUCACAUUUGGCAAUACUGACAAUAACCUUUAUAUAAACACACACACACACACACACACAUGAAAAACACACACUGUAAAUAAUGCAUGUGUUUGCCAGUUUAACCCUUCAGUGGCUGAAUGUUCCUAAUGUAUAAAGCACUUCUUGUCUCACAUUAAACAAAUAAAACCUGAACUAAUUCAAAUUUUCUCCCCAACCUUAAAUCUAAUAUAUAAAUGCUUUUACAGAUACUAUAUAUACUAAUCUUCACUAAUGUCUUGAACUAAUGUAACAACCCAGAUAUUAGCUCCUUUUAGCGCAGUUAUCAAUGAAACAUAUCUCUUACACUGUAUUAAACAUGCUUAGCCUACGUCACUUUAAUCAUCAACCGCAGCAUGCCCAAAACAUGUUCUGAGCUUCUUAUCGUCCACAAGUCGUACCUGUGCGAAGUGAUAUAUCAGUGUUGCAGUUGUUGUGUGUCCGGGACCCGUCUGUUGCGUCUGUGUGCCUACGGUUUGGUUUAUGACGUAUAAAUGAUCAAACGUGUGCUGAAUCUAUGCACUGGCGGUUUGUACAGAGUGAAAUGUGUGCUGUCUGUGUGUUUGGUAUCCAUGUGCCUGCUCAAACUGUGUUUCAAACCAAGAGCGUGGAUGUGUUCAGAACCACAAAAAGAAGAAAAAAAAACUAAACACAAAGUAAAGUAUUGAUAUUUGAGCUCGUUUUGUUUUUGUUUCAGUGCCUACGAUGUUUAUUGGAUGGUCUUUAGUCACUUCCUGGUGGCAAACAGGACAUUUUACAUACACCUGAACGCCACUUCUUCACCUAAAAUGAGCUUCUAUGAGUGAGUGACUGAAGCAAAGAGGAAAAUUUAACUUUAUUUUAUGAUGUGUAGCAUGCAGAUGGCUAAAUAUGCUUUAUUUGAAUAGCUUGAGUCUGAGAGUUUAUUUAGGAAUUAACAAUAGCAGCAAAUUAAUUUGAAAGAUUGCUGUGGGUUGUUUGGUCAAAUAGUGGUGGCUAAAAUAUAGCUAUUAUUAAGAAUAUUAUUAUUAAAAUAUCUUCAAUGAUUGAUGAUGUGUAAAAAGCAUUAUAAUAAAUACAAUAUUCUAGUGCAGCAGCAUAAUCUCAUAUUAAAUAUUUAUAAAAAUCCAACUUGACAUUUAGUCAGAGAAACAAAAAAGUGUCACAAACAAAACUGAUCCACACUUAAAAGUUUAUGUAGAUCAAAGAGUAUAUAUAGUUUAAGUCAUUAAACUUUCUGUUUUCCUUUAUACAUAUGACAUAUUAUGGAGGUCUAUUUUUUCUUGGCCACUUAACUUAAGAAAGAUGGAAAGGAUCAGAGAACAUGUAAUUCAAGAAAGGCAGGUUUGUGAUGGUCUUUAGAAAUUAGAAAAGGUCUUAAAGAAAUUAAGACAGCAUCUUAAGUUGUCUUAAGUUGAAGACAACUUAAGAUUAGAGGCAUUUUUGUAUCAUCAAGUUGCCAUAAAAUCCAACAGACACUGUAAACAUGGCAAGCAUGGCAGGAAAAAAAAAAAAAGACUUAUUCUAAUUGGCGGUCACAAAUUAAAACAUGGGGGGUUUGCUACCCUGUGCCAUUAUCUGGAACUGUAAACUUUAUCCAGAUUGAGCCUUGUGAAAACAAACAUUACUGGGGUUUUGUGAAAAACAAAAGACUGAUGUUCAAAACACAAUAUCUCUUUCCUGGUGUGAAGUACAGUGGGGGCUCUGUGGUGAUGUGGGGAUGCUUACACUGCAAAACCACAAAAUCUUACCAAGAGUUUUUGGUCUAGUUUCUAAUGCAAAUAUCUUAGUCCACUUGGAAUAAGACACAACUAACUUACAAGUAGCUUUUCAGCAAGAUAUAGUGACUUGUUUUAAGUGAACAAUUCCUUAAUAUUGAUGACAAAAGUAUUAGCGAUAAGUGAAAUAAUCUGAAACACAUUUCAACUUAUAUGGGAAAAAUGUCUUAUUGCAUAACCAUAACUAUAAUUUUUGCAUCAAUACUAAGGAAUUAUUGACUUAAAACAAGCUCCUGUGUCUUGCUGAAAUCUUACUUGUGAAUCAGUUUUGUCUUAUUUCAAGGGUACUGAGACAUUUGCAGUAGAAACUACACUCAAAAUUCUUGGUAAGAUUUUGUGCUUUUGCAGUGUAAGUGGAUGGCAUCAUGAUUUCUUUCUAUCCUGCCCGUUGUGGGCCUGGUUCUCUCAGGAUGUGUCACAAAUUCAUCACAGGGCGCCAAAAUGACACACAGUCUCCCACACCUAAGACCAUUUCAGAGUCAAACCAAAAGUCAUGUUUUCAUGCCCAGAGAGAACCAUAGCAUGCUAAAGAAGAACAUGCAAACCUGAUGCAGAAAGAUCCCCAACCAGGAAGGACCUUCUGAUUCACCUCCAUGCUGCCUGUCUAAAUGUUUGUCUAUCAAUAGCUGUUGUUAGAAGAUUAUGCUGCAGCAGUAAAAAAGUCAUUUACUUUAAGGCUUUUUACUCGAGGGGUGUCUCUAAAUUACAGGGCUGUUGUGUUAAGACGAAGUAUUGAACAUGACCAGCCUUUGUUUUUGUUUUUUUCUUGCACCCAACGAAGGCUUUGUGUAGCUAGAUCAGAGUUAUCACAUCAUACCGGUUCCAGAAAUAUUCUGACGACUCAAAGAGAGAAACCUCCUCUGUUGCCACCACAGGUUCUCCUUACACUAAGCCAGUCGUGUCUGUCCUCUCUGAUCACUGCUGCUGUAAUGGACUGUUUGUGGUGUGGCGUCCCCACAUGGUCUCUCUGUUCUUCCAUUUUGCACAAUUCUUCACACGGAUGUUUUGUAUUGACAAAUGGUCACUUUGUUUUUCUUUAUUUCAUGCCUAAAUGAAUACUAAGAAUAAACAAAAAGGUUAUGCCAUC